AUGGCGAACCAGGCGCUCGAGGGAGGUUGGCGGCAGGUCGAGGCCUGGCUUCAAGAGAAAUUGCCAGUGCAGAUCCCUCCUGUUGCGUGGCCCGCCAUCUGGACAGCUCUGGCGGCCAUCAUUCUCUACAUCGUCUACAGCGCGACCACAUCUGACACGCCUAUUCGAUACAAGAUCCCGUCACCCAAGCUGCCCGAGAAGGAGGAGAUCCUAGAGAAGCCGAGCAUCAAGGCGUCCGGCUCGACAGCGGUCCAAUGCUACGCUCCGGCGACUGGCCAGUUCCUCGGCUUCGUUAACCCGUCCACUCCCGAUGCCAUCGACCGCGCCAUCGAUCAAUGCCAAGCUGCGCAGGCGAAGUGGGCGCGCACGACGUUCCGCCAGCGCCGCCACGUCCUCUCGACCCUCUUGCAGUACGUCCUCGACAACCAGGAAGAGAUCUGCCGCAUCGCGUGCCUCGACUCGGGCAAGACCAUGGUCGACGCCCAGCUCGGCGAGAUCCUGGUCACCACCGAGAAGCUGCAGUGGGUCAUCAAGCACGGCGAGAAGGCGCUCAAGCCGUCGAGGCGGCCGACGAACCUGCUCAUGUCGUACAAGAGGAACACGGUCGUCUACGAGCCCAUGGGCGUCGUCGCCGCCCUCGUGAGCUGGAACUACCCCUUCCACAACCUCGUCGGCCCCAUGAUCUCGUCCAUCUUCGCGGGCAACGGCAUCGUCGUCAAGGUCUCGGAGCAGACGGCCUGGAGCUCGCAGCACUUUACCAACAUCGUGCGGGGCGCCCUCGUCGCGCACGGCCACGAUCCCGCCCUGGUGCAGACGAUCGUGUGCUGGCCCCAGACGGCGAACCAUAUCACUAGCCAUCCCAAGGUCAGCCACAUCACGUUCAUCGGGUCUCAGGCUGUCGCUCAGAAGGUCGCCGCGUCCGCUGCCAAGGCCAUGAUCCCAACUUGCCAAGAGCUGGGUGGGAAAGAUCCGUUCAUCGUCCUGGAUUCGGCGGCCGGCAGGCUGGAGAGCAUCGCCGAGGUCAUUCUCAGAGGGACAUUCCAGGCCAGUGGCCAGAACUGCAUUGGAAUUGAACGUGUUAUUGUGACGCCUGCUAUCUACGAUAGGCUCCUGGGCCUCCUGGUCGAGAGGGUCAGGGCCCUGCGCCUCGGUCAGGACGCAGACGUGGGUGCCAUGAUCUCGGACAACCGUUUCUCCCAGCUGGAGGGUCUGGUCGGCGACGCGCUGCUGCACGGAGCACGCGUGCUGGCUGGCGGAAAGCGCUACAACCACCCCGAUCACCCCAAGGGUCACUACUUUACUCCGACCCUCGUGGCCGACGUGACCCCGGAUAUGGCGAUUGCCCAAGAGGAAUGCUUUGGCCCCAUCCUCACGAUCAUGAAAGCGCCUUCCAACUCGGCCGAGGACGUCCUCCGCAUUGCCAACGCGCCCAACUUUGGUCUCGGCUCGGCCGUCUUUGGCGCUGAUUCGGACCCGGUUCUUCAGGCUGUGGUCCGCGGUGUCAGGGCUGGUAUGGUCGCGGUCAACGAUUUCGCAGUCUUCUACGCCGUGCAGCUGCCGUUCGGCGGUGUCGGCGGCUCGGGCUUUGGCCGUUUCGCUGCCGAAGAGGGCCUGAGGUCCGUGUGCAACAUGAAGAGCAUAUGUGAGGACCGGUUCGGCUGGCUGGGCAUCCGGACCGGCAUCCCGCCUCCGAUCCGCUACCCGAUCAAGAGCCAGCCCAAGAGCUGGUCCUUUGCGAGGGGCGUCGUCGAGGUGGGCUACGGCAUCGGCGGGGCGCAGAAGGCCAAGGGGUUGGUCAACAUCCUGCGCAACAGCUGA